AUGAAGAUAACGGUUCGCACGAUGCAACACAACUCGGAGACGAAAGUCAUCGAAGUUUCCUCAGGUUUGAUGACAGUUGGAGAGUUGAGAAAAAAAAUUGCUUCGGCUUUCUUCUCCGCCUCGGAAUCUUCUUCGUCGUCCUCGUCGGCGUCGUUGAACAUGUUUCUGAGAGGAGCUGCGCUGAACGACGACGACGAGCGAGCGAAUAUUAAACCAGGCGAUACAGUUUUAGUUAAUUUCCAACCGGUGGUGUCUUCUUCGGCACGAAGCCAACAACAGACAAAGUUGAACAAAGGGAAACAAUCUUCUUCUUUGAACUUUCUUCAACGAACUCUCAUUCGGAAUCGGAACAAAAAAGGGAGAGGAUUUUUCAGCUUUUUCUCGCCCAACGCUGCUCGAUUUUUCAUCGUCAUUUGCAGCACGGCGGUGAUUCGGUUUAUAUUGGGAACAUUCUUCUGGUGUUGUGUCGCGAAGAUGGCGUAUAAUCACGACUUGGGCCCGAUUUUUGUUUUGUGUUCUCUGUUCUAUUUGAUGUUUUCGAACAUGUCCAAUGCGCCGACGACGACGAACAAAGAUGGGAAACUCUCAGCGUACAGUUUAUUCAAUAAAAAUUUCGAGACAUUACCUGGUACUUUUGAUGCGAUGGCAGUCGAACGUAACGUGAGACAAAAUCACGAUAACGUUAAUACUACUUGA